GCGGCCGGGGCCGGGGGGCGGGCAGCGGGGAGGGGGUUGUGGCUGCGACCGGGGAGGGCAGGGAGACUUUUCCACGUUGCAAACGCCGCCGCGCGCCCAAGCCGACCCGCGCCCCGCGAGCGCCGCACCGCGCCCCCCGCUCCUCCCCUCGCGGCCCCCAUGGCGCUCGGGGCCCGGGGCUGGCGGCCCCUGCCGCCGCCGCUGUUCCUGCUGCUGCUCUGGGUGACCGGGCAGGCGGCGCCCGUGGCGGGCCUGGGCCUGGGCCCCGACGGGGAGCUGCAAAUGGAGCGCCGCUUCGUGCCCGACGAGUGCCCGCGCACCGUGCGCAGCGGCGACUUCGUGCGCUACCACUACGUGGGGACCUUCCCCGACGGCCAGAAGUUCGACUCCAGCUAUGACAGAGCCUCCACUUUCAAUGUGUUUGUGGGAAAAGGACAGCUGAUAGCCGGGAUGGACCAAGCUCUGAUUGGGAUGUGCGUGAAUGAGCGGCGUUUCGUGAAGAUUCCCCCAAAGCUCGCCUAUGGAAGUGAAGGCGUUUCUGGUGUGAUCCCGCCAGAUUCAGUGCUUCAUUUCGAUGUACUUCUGAUGGAUAUUUGGAAUUCUGAAGACCAGGUUCAGAUUCAUACUUAUUUUAAGCCCCCCAGCUGCCCUCGGACCAUCCAAGUAUCAGAUUUUGUGAGGUACCACUACAACGGCACCUUCCUGGACGGGACCCUGUUUGAUUCGAGUCACAAUCGCAUGAAAACAUAUGACACGUAUGUGGGAAUUGGCUGGCUGAUUCCUGGAAUGGACAAGGGGCUGCUGGGGAUGUGUGUGGGGGAAAAGCGCAUCAUCACCAUUCCUCCUUUCCUGGCCUAUGGCGAAGAUGGAGAUGGAAAAGACAUUCCUGGACAGGCAUCUCUGGUGUUUGAUGUUGCGUUAUUGGACCUCCACAACCCCAAGGACAGUAUUUCCAUUGAGAACAAGGUAGUACCUGAAAACUGUGAGCGGAUAAGUCAGAGCGGGGACUUUCUCAGAUAUCAUUACAACGGUACCCUUCUGGACGGCACCCUUUUUGAUUCCAGCUACUCUCGGAACCGCACCUUUGACACCUACAUUGGGCAGGGCUACGUGAUUCCUGGGAUGGAUGAAGGUUUACUUGGCGUUUGCAUUGGAGAGAAGCGAAGGAUUGUGGUCCCCCCUCACCUGGGCUAUGGAGAGGAAGGAAGAGGGAACAUCCCCGGCUCGGCCGUGCUGGUGUUUGACAUCCACGUGAUCGACUUCCACAACCCUGCGGACUCCAUCAGCAUCACCUCCCACUACAAGCCGCCCGACUGCUCAGUGCUGAGCAAGAAGGGGGACUAUCUCAAGUAUCACUACAACGCCUCCCUUCUGGACGGGACCCUGCUGGACUCCACGUGGAAUUUAGGCAAAACUUACAAUAUUGUUUUGGGAUCUGGACAAGUCGUGUUGGGCAUGGACAUGGGUCUCCGAGAGAUGUGCGUGGGAGAGAAACGGACAGUGAUCAUCCCUCCCCACCUGGGCUACGGGGAGGCUGGCGUGGAUGGAGAAGUGCCGGGCAGUGCCGUGCUGGUGUUCGACAUCGAGCUGCUGGAGCUGGUGGCUGGCCUGCCGGAGGGGUACAUGUUCGUAUGGAAUGGCGAGGUGUCACCCAACCUCUUUGACGAAAUCGACAAGGAUGGCAACGGAGAAGUCCUCCUCGAAGAGUUCUCAGAGUACAUUCAUGCCCAGGUGGCAUCUGGCAAAGGGAAACUCGCUCCUGGUUUCGACGCUGAAAUGAUCAUGAAGAACAUGUUCACCAACCAAGACCGGAACGGAGACGGGAAGGUCACGGCUGAGGAAUUUAAACUCAAAGACCAGGAAACCAAACACGAUGAACUCUAAACCUGGCAUGAGCCAGUUGGUGCCAGGGAGUACGUGACACCAAGCCACCCGUCAUGGCAGAACGUGCAGGGAGAGUCUCCCAGAAGGUGCAUCAUUAGCAAGUAGUAGGUGGGUCACAUAGUACCUGGUGCAUACAUCGGGGUGGGUGGAUACACGUGAUGAGAAUCUUAGCCGGACUGCCAGGGAUAGUAAACAAAAUCGGCGCAGAGUGCCUUCGCGUGGGACGUGUCAAGAUUAAAAAGGCUGCACUGCCGACAUUAUUUGUGAGCCUUCUGGGAAAUUUUGUUAUUAAAGGGAUAUAGGGUUACACAGAAGUUAUAACCAUCUUGGAGAGAAAAAAAAAAGUGUCCACGGUGUCUACACAAAGAGGGUUACAUUUUUUUUUUUUAAACUUGUUGGUGUUUUAAAGAUGUUCUCAAGACAGGCAGGAGAGGCAAAGGGCAUGUACCAGCCGGGUCCCAGCACUGGUGACAACGGCCCUACCUCCUCCUGUACACACAUCCACAUACAAACACCCACACACACAUGCAUACUGUGCUCUUCCAGUUCAUCAUACCCCGUCCUGCUGUGGUCCUCCCAUUGGCACUGUGUGACUUGGAGGUUAAAAAGAGCCUCCUGUACAGAAGAAAACCGUGGGCCAACCAAAGGUGUCUCGGACCAUGAAUACAGAAUUCGAGUCUGCCUUUGCCAUGUAAGGCCAUCUGCUCAGCUCUCCUUCCCCCCAUCUCUCCUGCCCACGGAGCACUCUCUCACUGUUCCACCCUGUGUCGUGCUGAUCAGAUUGAUAGGUUAGGAACUGGGCCUCGCUGGGCAGUCUACAGAGUAUUUCAUUUGGCCCAGAUUGAAGUGUCGUCCCAGUAGAUGAGCCAUGGAGCAUAAAUAAGGUGACAUUUCUGUGCUGCUCAUUUGUGUCCUGGAGACAGUGGUGCCCUGAAGGCUGGGGCCAGCUGCUGCAGGACAGCAGUGACAGCAUACCUGCCUGCUUGUCCCCGCCUCCUGCAGUAACCACAUUUGCUACCUUUUGUCUUCUGUUCCCAAGUGGUGUUGGCAUCGACCCUGAAGUCAUCAGUGAUUUUCCUUUUGAAAUGGCUUUAUUUGACUAAUUUAAACUGUUUUGUACUGAUGUAGCCCUGAGAUAGUUCAUGAAAAUGCUGUGCACUCUUUCAACGGAAUGUUGGGAAGCUGAUCUUUUCUGAUAUAAAAUAUUGAAUUAUA